GUUCUAAAGUGGUUAUGUUCUUUUAAAGCCUAAUGAUUUUAAUCACUACUCUAGUGUCUAAAAGAUUAUAAUUUCUUUAUAGUCACUUGUUGAAAAUAUUCUCAUUUCUCCUAAAUUAAUCAAUCAAUUAAUUAACUAAUUCGUAAAGACAAUGCCUAGAUUUGCUCAGUUAGUAAUUGGACCAGCUGGUUGUGGUAAAUCCACCUAUUGUAAUACAAUGCAAACACAUUGUGAAACAUUAAAACGAAGAGUUGAUGUUAUCAACUUAGAUCCUGCAGCUGAAUACUUUGAAUAUACACCAUUAGCAGAUAUCAGAGAUCUUAUUCAUUUAGAUGAUGUCAUGGAAGAUGAAGCAAUACACUUAGGUCCAAAUGGUGGACUUGUCUUCUGUUUAGAAUAUCUUCAACAAAAUUUGGAUUGGUUAGAUACAGCUAUCGGUGAUAUUGACGGUGAUUAUUUAUUAUUUGAUUGUCCUGGACAAAUUGAAUUAUAUUCACAUUUACCAAUUAUGCCAAGAAUCAUUGAAUAUAUGCAAAGAAAAUGGGAUUUUCGUUUUGUAACAAUAUUUAUUCUAGAUGCUAGAUUUCUUGUCGAUUCAUCACAUUUUCUAGCUGGUGUCCUAUCUGCUCUGUCUGCAAUGGUAUCAUUAUCUACAGCACAUAUUAAUGUUAUGUCUAAAAUGGAUUUAUUAUCAGAACAAAAACAAAAAUAUGUUAUGGCAAGAUAUUUAAAUCCUGAUAUGGAUUAUUUUUAUGAUUUGAAUCAAGUAUUCGAUGCAGACAAUGAUAAUGAUGGGGAUAAGAAUGGUGGUAUUGAUAAAGACAGUGAAGAUAAAGUACCAUUCAAUAAAUUAUCCUAUGCACUGGCUGAUUUAAUUGAACGUUAUAGUGUAGUGCAUUUUUUCCCAUUGAAUAGAGAUAAAGAAGAUACAAUAACUGAUUUAUUAGUACAAAUUGAUCAUUGUUUACAAUAUGAUGAAGAAGUUGAUCCAUCGAAUCGUGCUUUUGAUGAUGCUGAACAAGAAUUAAUUGGAUUUCAAGGUGAUGGUGACGGCGAUUAUAUGGGUGGAGCACCUUUGACGCUGAUAUACUUGUAUAUAAAUAUUAUUUCAAUAAACUAUGAAGCUCUGUUAAUACCAACUGGUUGUAUAAUACUCUGGUUACUUGAAAUAUUUUGCCAGUAUGUUAACUCUCCGUCUCACUUACAUUUAUUUCUGGAAACUAUUACACAUGGAUUAACCGGUUGUCUAUUCUGGUUGUGUUGUUUAAAAGCUAUACACAAUAGACUAUUAGAGGUUACUGUUAACUGUCAAAGGAUUAUAAUGAUUGCUGAAUCAUGUUUUUUGGCUGGUGUUAUUGCUGUUCUCCCGGAUAUUGAUCAUUUUAUAGCUGCAAGAAGUACAAGUAUUGAACUUGCUCGUCAACUUCCCGGCAGACCAUUUUUACACUGGGCUGGUAUACACUUGAUUAUUUAUACAAUCCUUAUCAUCGUUUCAUUUUUUCUACCAUAUGUAAAUUGUUUACCAGGACAGAAAUAUUUCGCUAUUUUUUGGUUAGCUUUUAUCUCCUAUCUAAGUCAUAUUGUUCGUGAUGCCAAUCGACGUGGAUUAUGGUUAUGGCCACCACCAGACUAUCGUACAGGGAUGAUGAUUAGUCGUAGUAAUUCAUCAAAUUCUUCAGGGUAUAAUAGUAUACACUUUCCUAAUGAUUUGGGUAUUCUAACACCGCUUAGAAUACCUUUAUUUUAUGCACUUAUUUUAUGCUUUAUUAUUCCAGUAUUUCGAUAUUAUGCCUUUUACUUACAAUGGAAUUUAUCCAGUUUUGUCUUGAUAACAACGUCUUAUUCUCAUUGUCGUCGUAAUUCAUCGUAUUUGUUGAACUCAUUAAGAAGUCUACAACAAUGUGUGUACAAUAAUAACAACAUAUCCUCGUUGUGUUUAGUCAUUCAGAUUCGUUCAGACAGUGGAAGUUCUCAGAGAUGGCUUGCUCGUCAACGUUCUGAUCCAUUUGUUAAACGUGCACGAAUUGAGAGUUAUAGAUGUCGUAGUGCAUUUAAAUUAUUACAGCUAAAUGAUAAAAUUCACGGAGGAUUAUUUAAACCUGGUGAUAUUGUUGUCGACUGUGGUGCUGCACCAGGAUCUUGGUGUCAAGUUGCUUCAUCUUUUGUCAAUCCUAGUCUAAUAGGUAAUCAUAGUGGGAGGAGGAGGAGGAGGAGGCAGUGAAGAAGACAGACGAAAUUCUGGUUUAGUCAUAGCAUUCGAUUUAUUACCAUUUGCUGAUCUACCUGGAGUUAUCUCAUAUCCUGGUACUGAUUUAAACAAUUGGUCUGAAUGUGUAGAUUUAAUCAAUCAAUCAGUUUUAAAUCAUUUAACUAACAAUAGACACUCUCAUAAUGGUCGAAAAGAUUCACUUCCAGCUGUUGAUAUUGUUCUAAGCGAUAUAGCGCCAAAUGUAUCUGGAAUGCGAGAUAUCGAUAUACCAGCAAUGAUGAAAUUAGCUCUCAAUGUAUUACGUGUUGCAAUCAGUGUUACAAGGCAAGGUGGUAGUCUUGUCAUCAAGCUAUUCGAAAGUAUAGAAGCGAAAGAAUUUAAAGAAACAGUUUCACAAUUCUAUUCACUGAAUUCUACAUCAUUUACACGUUUUAUUAAACCACAAGCAAGUCGUAAAGAAUCAUCAGAAGUAUAUUUAGUCGCUAGAGGUUUUCAAUUACCACAAAGUAGUGUACAGAAAAGUUAAGUUAACAAUGCCUUCUGAUUAUUAUCCUUAUACCUUAUGUGUACAUAUAUAUAAUUUUGAAAAAAAAAAACUCUGUACUACUACCUAAUAAAAUUAUGAUUUGUAUUCUAUUUGUUAAACUGUUCAUUAGAAAAAUAUUCUCAACAAACUAACCACUUGAAGAUUAA